AUGUUGAGGAUUUUUUUACUUUUAGUGAUAAGCGUGGCUGCAAUUCAUUGCGUAACUGCAGCAAACUAUAAUCUAGUGGUGAAGACUGAUCAUAUUAAAUUUCAUGAUGAAGUAGAUCAAGCCGCUCUGACGUUUCGAGAGAAAAUUCGUUUAGACUUAGAAAAAUAUAAGAAAAUGAGAGAAUGGGCUUUGAAGAAUAACUCAUCGAAGACAACUUCAACGACCGAAGAAACAAGUUCAACAACAGCAGAAACAACAACAAAAGCCAUGAAUACGUCGUCAACAACAAAAGAAGCUAGCAAAAACUCUAGUGGAGAAAAAAUAGAAAUGUCGACAAAGCCAGCCAUGACAGCAGAAUCAUCAGCAAACAAUACUUCGACAGAAUCCAAAACAUCCAUGAUGACUGAUCUUGAUAGUAAAUCGAUGACAACUGAGAAGAAUAAUAAAACACCGGAAAUUGAAAUUAAAGACAAAGGCAAAGACAAAACAGCAAAUGUUACUGAUAGUAUAAAGCCGUUUAAUGGAACGAUUGAUGAUCGAUUUAUCGUAAACGCUCCAGUACUUUGUAAAGGAAUUGUCGUGCGGGGAAAAUGUCGAAAAAUUGCUCGCUAA